CCACAUGCUUGCGUUUCCAGGUAGUCAUGUGGAGGGAAGACUGUCUCCUCCUCCACCUCCCACUCCGCCUCCACAUGCCGCUACCUUGUCCGCCUUCGCCACCGCCGCCGCCCUCCUGCACGCCGCCUUCCCUGCCCCCCACGUCCUCUACCUCAGCAGGACGCCCCUAGAAAACGAGGUGAAAGUCUUGCAGGGGGAACUGAAGCAUGGGGGAGAGGACACACUCAAGGGGACAGCGAACCCCGGCCACCGCACGACCCCUCCAGGCCUGCCGAGGGGAGCCGGGGCAGCCGCGUCGGGCACACUGACGGCGGCGCUGCCCACGGAGGUGUAUGGGGACGCUGACGCCGCGCUGACGGGCCUCGAGGAUCAGCUGAGUCACUACCGCAGCGUCAGCGUCGUCGUCCGCGGCUCAGCGACGUACCUGCAGGAUGUGGUGAAACAGGCCAUAGCAAGGCGUGUCUUGGUGCCCGGGAGGGUGUGGGUGCUGGUGAGUGACGCAACGACGUUCCCUGAUGCCCUCCUGCCCCGCGCUCUGCUCACCAACCAACACAACCUUCUGCUGGUGACGCCCCUGCCCGCCACACCUCGCCAAGACGCCCCAGAUGAAGGCACAGGUGUCUGCGUGACCUCUGUGUACCGUCUGGUCUUCGCGGGGGGGGAGCUGCGGUGGGCGCGGGCGGGAUGUGGGCGUGGGGGCGGGGGUCUGAUCCUUUCCCGUGACCCCUUCGCACCCCCCACCACCCUCGGCAACAUGACCCUCCCCGUGGCUAUCGUUGAGAACUCACCCACUUUAAGUCUCACGAAGAUGCCGGACGGAGCUUCGUACCUGGAUGGAUUCUUGGGGGAGGUGAUGAGACUCCUUCAGCGAGACCUUGAGUUCGAUGUCCAGGUGCUCGAGGUCCAAGGCUUCGGUACCCAGGCGGCGAACGGCUCCUGGAUGGGCCUGGUCGGUGCCGUGGCCAGGAAGGAGGCUGAGGUGGGCCUGUCAACGCUCGCCAUCGGCCACGGCAGGAGCCAGGUUGUGGACUUCACGGAGCACUUGGUGGAGUCGUCGACCUACCUGCUAUACCCCGCGCGGCAGCUCCUCCAGCCCCUCACAAUGGUUUUCCUGGUCUUCUCCCCUAAGCUGUGGGGCUGCGUGGUGGGCCAAGUGGCGCUCCUCGGCCUGGUCCUCCACCUCAGCAGCGGCCGUGACGUCACCUGGAGGAGCGGGAGGCCCUUCGCCUACCUGUCCGCCGCCUUCAGGAGCCUCGUAUAUCAAGGUAACCUCGAACCACACUCCUCCGCCUCGCGCCUCACCUACCUGCACUGCCUCGUCUUCUCCCUCAUCGUGUGCGUCCUGUAUAGCGGUAACCUGACGGCGGUGUUGUCGCUCCCGAGGUUGAAGGAGUACCCGACCACCGUUGAGGAGAUGCUGGAACAAGGCUACGCUCCAAUGCUCACCCGUGGCUUCUUCCAGCACGACUACUUCAAGUUCUCGCCGCUGGAUGCCUUCAAGACGCUCUUCCGCCACGCCGAGGAGCGGGGGACCAUCUAUCCCUUCACGGGGGUCGUCGAUAAGAAGCUGGCCAUGGAGAGGUUCAGCCAGGGCCGCGUCGCCUCCGUCAUCUCGAACCUGGGCGUGGUCAUUUAUCAGAACAGGGGCGCGGGGUCUCAGCAGCCGUGUGCCUUCUACGUGGCUCCGACCCCUAUCUUCUUCGGCUACGGCUUCCUCAUCCUGCAGAAACACUCCUUCUACGGCGAGCUCUUCAACAUGAGACUGCGGUGGCUGAGGGACACUGGGAACAUAGAGGAGAUCUACAACCGCUACAACGCCAUACUCUGCGUCACGGGGGCCAGCCAGGAGAGGUCCCACCCCCUCGCUCUCACAGUCCUCGUCGGCGCCUUCCUCGUGUGGGUUGUUGGGACUGUUCUCGCCACCGCUGUCUUCGUCAUUGAGUCCCUCGCUGCUAUGGGAAGGAAAGUGCAACGUGUUAAGCGACCCUGAAGGAUAUAGUAAUGGAGGCUGGUGGUUAGGGACUGUUUUGCUUUUUCUUUCUCUUCUGUUGAUUCUGUUGCUCGGGGGAAGGAAAAUCUAGCGUGUUCUGUGACCCUGAAGGCUAACUUAGUAAUGGAUGAUGCUGUUUGUUUUGCUUUUGCUUUCUCUUCUGUUGAUUCUGUUGCUCGGGGGAAGGAAAAUCUAGCGUGUUCUGUGACCCUGAAGGCUAACUUAGUAAUGGAUGAUGCUGUUUGUUUUUCUUUUUCUUUCUCUUCUGUUGUUUCUGUUGCUCGGAGAAGGAUAAUCUAGCGUGUUCUGUGACCCUGAAGGCUAACUUGGUAAUGGAUGAUGCUGUUUGUUUUGCUUUUUCUUUCUCUUCUGUUGUUUCUGUUGCUCGGGGAAGGAUAAUCUAGCGUGUUCUGUGACCCUGAAGGCUAACUAAGUAAUGGAUGAUGCUGUUUGUUUUGCUUUUUCUUUCUCUUCUGUUGUUUCUGUUGCUCGGGGGAAGGAAAAUCUAGCGUGUUCUGUGACCCUGAAGGCUAACUUGGUAAUGGAUGAUGCUGUUUGUUUUGCUUUUGGUCUCUCAUCUGUUGUUUCUGUUUGCUUUUUUUUACAUGAAGGGAAGCAACUCAAGGGCAAAAAAAAAAAAAAAAAAAAAAAAAAGUAAAAAAAUCCCCUGUUUAAAGAGUACAGAUGAAUGACCAAAUGAGGCGCUUGGGGAAGAAAGGUUAUAGUAAGGGAUAUUGAUGGUCGGAGUCUUAGUUUUCCCUUUUUCUUUCUCGUCUGUUGUGUUUUGUUGCUCUGAUGCUUUGAUGGUUUGGAGAGGGAAACUGAUGCGUGUGAAGCAGCCUCGUUUGCUAUGCUGGAAAAUAUCAAUCGUCACUUCGCUUUGGUUUCCCUUGUUUUGCUUUUGCUUUUUUUUGCUUUCUGUUGUUUGAUCAAUGCUGUUUUUCGUUGUUUGUGGAAGGAAGCAUCGUGUGUGUAAUGUGACUUCGUUUGAUAUGCUGUAAAACAUUAAUGGUGUAUGUUUGUUUUGGUUUUCUUAUACUUUAUUUCUUUUCCUAUUUCUUGCUUGCUUUUGAUCAGUUGCAACGCUGUCCUUUGUUGUCUGGGGAAGGAAGGAGCGUGUGUGUAAAGUGACUUCGUUUAAUAUGCUGGAAAACAUUAAUGGUUUAUGUUUGUUUUGGUUUUCUUAUACUUUAUUUCUUUUCCUAUUUCUUGCUUGCUUUUGAUCAGUUGCAACGCUGUCCUUUGUUGUCUGAGGAAGGAAGGAGCGUGUGUGUAAAGUGACUUCGUUUAAUAUGCUGGAAAACAUUAAUGGUCUAUGUUUGUUUUGGUUUUCUUAUAGUUUAUUUCUUUUCCUAUUUCUUGCUUUCUUUUGAUAAACUGCAACGCUGUCCUUCGUUGUCUGGGGAAGGAAGCAGCGUGUGUGUAAUGUGACCUCGUUUGAUAUGCUGUAAAACAUUAAUCGUCUAUGUUUGUUUUGGUUUUCUUAUACUUUUUCUUUUCCUAUUUCUUGCUUGCUUUUGAUCAGUUGCAACGCUGUCCUUCGCUGUCUGGGGAAGGAAGGAGCGUGUGACAAUCUCGUUGGAUGGGAUGGAUACGAAUGGCCUGUGUCGGAUUUUGUUUUUCCUUUCUUUUCUCUCCCCUCUCUUCAGUUGUUUUCUGAUGUUUGACGAUGCGGACAGAACCUCUUUUUUUAUCACUUGCUCGAGGAAGAUGCUGAAGGAUGCGAGGGGUCUGUCAGCUUCUAUUUUACUUUCCCUUUUCUCAUUUUCCUUUUUCCUGCUCUGUUUACUGUCCUGUGUCUAGAGUGAGAUAUUUUUUUAACUAAGGUAGCAUUCAACAUUGUUUGACUCAAUUUAGUAUCAAUUGCUUCUGUAAUCUAUGUGUGUAUUGUUCUCUUUAUCUUUGUCUUGUGUGUACUGGUGGUUCAAUAUAACAUUAUGCAACUGUCUUUACUGCUGUACUUUCGUGGUCCAUUUGUCACUCACCUUAUACCAGUCCAGUCACUCAGCCUUAAGAGCUCUCAUACAUUAAGUCACAAGGUCAAUAAUACACAGACAUUGUAAGCCUUCAAUGGGGAAAGAAGAAUCAGUUUUUUUUUUCCACGUAUUGCUAUUUCGCUUUAAUUUCAAACCAAUAAACUGGACUCGGGCGCAGAAAGAAUUAUUGUCAC